AUGCAAAAUUCCCACUCGCAUCGACAGAGCUCAACCCCGACAACAGCGAAGUACAGCAAAGCACAGCACUGCUGCGACCGAACAAUUUUGAUCAUGAAGUUCUCGUUGUUGAUUACUGCUCUCGUUUGUACGGCUGCCUCCGCCUUUGUACCGGCAUCUCAGUCUCGAUUCGGAGUGUCCACCCGUGCGGCUCUGGCUGAUGAGGUCGAUAGCAUCGGUAAUAAUGUUGCCGUCAAGAACCUUUUAAGUAUGGUGGAAGAAAAGCAACUUCUCACCAAGGUCGCAGAAUCGGGACUCUUGAGCAAGGCGCAACAGGCCGGGGUUUCCCUUUCUAGCCUCGAGCCCUUCCUUUCCCUGGCAUCCCAAAACCCGGAUAUUUUGAUUUUGGUCGAAGCCUCUGGCCCGGAGCUCUUGCCCCUUCUUCCCAAAAUCGUCGACUUGGCUCCGGGCGCCUUGCCCCUGUUGGCUUCCGCCAUUAGCAUUCCGGCCCCGUUGAUUGGUGCUGCCGGGUUGGGCGCCUUGGCGGCCGCGGGCUACGCCGUUGUCUCCAUACCGGAUGAUUCCGUCACCAACAUUGCCAUCCAAACGGCCGCCGUCGGACUUGCUCUGCCCCUUGCCGCGGCCUCGCUCGUGGGAUCUUCCAUCUUGGGCAAGCUGACGCGCUAAUUACUACUAUACUUACUAUUCCUGUGGUCUGCUCUAAGGCUCUCUAUUCGUAGGUAGGCUGCCAGCAGUACAGAAUCAAUCGAUAAAGGUAGCGUUACCUAAAGGAUAGGCUCAAGAGAGGUAGUUUGCCGAAACCUCUCCUACUCCGUUC